CCCACAUAAAUUUUAGCGAAUGCCCUAAUACCCUAAUCAUUUUGGGGAUUUCAAUGUGAAAUUCUCUCUCUUCAAUUGUGCUCGUCAUCUCCAGUGGAAUCAACACCUUUGCAGGUUGAGAAGUGGAGGUUAGAAUAAAUAGAAAAUGAACAACUCUUCUGCAGGGCCAUCCUCAAAAGCCAGAGUAGGAGCAUCACAACCUUCAGAAAGUUCACUUAAAAGGAAACGUGGCAUGUUUCAGAAAGACUUGCAACACAUGAUGUAUGGUUUUGGAGAUGAUAGCAAUCCACUUCCAGAAACUGUAGCACUUGUGGAAGACAUCGUGGUGGAUUAUGUUACUGAUAUGGUGCACAAAGCUCAGGAUGUUGCAACCAAAAGGGGGAAACUUUUGACGGAGGACUUUCUGUUCUUAAUUAGAAAGGACUUGCCGAAACUCAAUCGGUGUACAGAACUGUUGUCCAUGAAUGAAGAGCUGAAACAAGCUCGGAAGGCUUUCGAGGUCGAUGAAGAGAAAUUGGCUUCACAUCAGUGAGGGGGAAGUGUGAAGUUAUGAUCUUAGUUCAGAAUGACAAAGUGAGUGGCACCAAUCACCAUAGGACCAGUAUACAGUUUACCAACACAGGAGUAAAUAGCUGCUUCUCAUUUUUAUCUAGCACAAUAGAUGGCCGAGUCACCUUGUAGCUGCACUUCAGAGCUAUCUAACCUUUCUUCAUUUUUCCUACCUUUAUAAACAUCUUUUCCUUUUUGUUUUGAGUUCCUAGUCAUGCUUCUUCAGAUCCUCAAUGCUGAACGCCACCGUGUGUAGUUGACAGUUCUUAAGUUGGAUGUGGAAGGUAGCCAUAACAUCAUCAAUCUACUUGUUUGUAGAUUUGCACAAAUUGAAGGAUUGAGUUGUAAAGUAAAUCGAGUAAUCAACUGAUUAGAUUGGUUUUGA